ACAAAACAGUGACGACCCCUCCUGCUAGCUGUCUGCAGCUAACCAGGAGGACCUUCAUGCUGACAUUUUCAUAUUCUGGGCAUUUCGCACAAUGGACCAGACUAAACAAGAGGAGGAAUAUGGAUAUGACUUAUUCCCGGAGAGAAAACCGGGAGAGCACAAAAAGACCUCAAUCGCAGAGAGCCUGUUCACUUUCAACCACAAGUGUCAGGUCAUGUUACAGUUCGCAGUGGAAAGCAGUCCUUACGCCAAACUCCUCCUCAGUGCCAUGAAGAGUUCAGGAUGUAAAGUGUUUAAAGAUCGGCACUUUUCCUGUGAGGACUGUGACGGGACUGUCAGCGGCGGAUUUGACGCGGCCUCGUCUCAGAUUGUUUUGUGUCAGAACAACAUUCACCAGCAGUCCCACAUGAACCGAGUAGUCACGCAUGAGCUCAUACAUGCCUUUGACCACUGCCGGGCCCAUGUGGACUGGUUCAAUAACUUCAGACAUCUGGCCUGUUCAGAGAUCCGGGCAGCUAACCUGAGCGGAGACUGCUCCUUCACCAACGAAGUUGCUAGAUUCAACUUCGGCUUAAAGCAGCAUCAUCAGGAGUGCGUCCGAGGCCGCGCCCUUCGCUCCAUCCUGGCCGUGAGGAAAAUUAGCCGAGCCGAGGCGGAGAAAAUAGUCGACGAGGUCUUUGACUCGUGUUUCAACGACCAUGCGCCGUUCGGACGGAUCCCGCACAGCAAGAGAGACGCCAAGUUUGCGUACAGAGAUUACAUGAACAGGGACCGAUAUUAUGCAAACCUUUAGUGUCGCCGCAUUUUCAUGAAACUCCCAAAGGGUGCUGCGCAGGGCCGACUGGAGCUUGGCAAUGUGGUCAGCCUCAGCAGAAUGACUGUGUUGAAACAAUCGUAUCCCUUCAAAAGGGAUUUUUGGACGAUGAUUUGUCCUUGGAGGAGAAAACAAAGGAAGGAGCUGCGUACAGAUACAUUUCACCUGCUACCUUUUGGACACUAAUUCAGUGUAGUGGGAUUGUAAGGACUGAUUUUACUCUGGAAGUGUUAGUGAUUUUGGUCCUUUGUUUUUAGGUGAUCAAUGGGUGCUGUUAAGGAAAUACAAGAUUGCCUUUUUGUACAUCGGUGCGUGUGCUAUGAUGACAAAUAAGGAUGUAUUUCUCUUGGUGGCUCAUCAACUUGUUGCCACGUUGACCUCGAUCAAUUUCCUCUAAAUAUACUUGAUUGUAUGUAUAUUAAAUAGAAUCAAAUUGUAUGUGAAUUAAAGUUUAUUUCCUCUGGAAAUGUUUGAUUUUGGGUUUUUGUGUCUAGAUUGUUACCCCUCAGCCGUAAGAAGCUCAUGGGGGUAUUGUCAUCGUGGUUGGGACACUUAACUUUGUGAAUGAGAUAACUCGAGAAAGAGGCCAUGUAGGAGCUUCAUAUUGAUGUCAUAGGUGUGUCUACUAAAAAUCUCGGACGAGUUUGAAUCUCAAUGACCUCGACCUCAAGCUCAGAGUUAAGUUUUCUAAAAAUCUUGUGAGUGCAAUAACUUGACAAUGAGGUGACGUAGGAUUUUGUGUGUCUACUAGAAGGCUGAGGGGUACCGCUGGUGGUUGCCAAUAUUUUUUUCUUGCUAGACUCAAGCAGUACCACAAAGUUAUUUUGAGGACAGGACAUACCCGUUGCAUCUGACCUUGUUUGAAUAUAAGAAGGAUAAGUAAGUGUAC